AUGUCUAUUUCUUCGAAGAUGAAUGUCGAAACGGUCUGGUUCGUGACCGGAUGCUCAUCCGGUAUCGGCAAAUCCCUUGCCCACACCAUUUACAAUGCCGGUCACCACAUUGUGGCAACCGCGCGCGACAUCACCUCACUUUCCUACCUCCCCGACGGGCCGACCGUGCUUAAACUGAGCUUGGAUGUGACAUCCCAAGAAGCGAUCACCAGGGCUGUUUCAGAUGCUGUCUCGCAAUUUAAGCGCAUCGACGUCCUCAUUAAUAAUGCCGGCUAUGGUCUGAUGGGAGACAUGGAAAGUAUCCCCGAAGCCGACGCACGACUCCAGCUGGAAACCAACUUCUGGGGACCGGUUCGUCUCACAAAAGAAGCGCUCCGAGUGUUUCGAGAAAUUAACCCUCAUGGCCAAGGGGGUACCGUUGUCCAGGUCUCUUCGAUAGGCGGAUGGUUGACUGCUCCAGGUCACUCUUUCUAUCACGCCAGCAAAUUUGCUCUGGAAGGCUUCACGGAAUCGGUGGCCAAGGAAGUGGAUCCAGAUUGGAAUAUCAAGUUCCUGAUCGUCGCUCCAGGAGGUGUACGAACCAAUUUUGCGGGGCCCAGUUUGAAGCUGGCACCUCGACACCCGGCGUAUAAUGUUUCUGCCAGUUCGUUCAGUCAAUUGUUGCAGUAUAUCACGAAUCCUGAGUCUCAAUCUUCUUGGAGUGAUCCCGACAUGUGUGCUCGUGUGCUCUUUGACUGUGUGGUGGGGCAGGACGAACGUCGGAUGCCCACGCGCCUACUCAUGGGCGCGGAAGCGAUCCUGUUGACUAGGAAGGAUAUCAAAAGUACUUUGGCAGACAUAGAUGCAUGGGAGGAUCAGACUAUGCAGUGCUCUCAGAAAGAAGAUGCAUCGCUCAGUAAAUAG